AUGGUCGACGUUGAAAAGCUCUGGAAAAACUGUUUGCUGGACACCUAUGACACUUCUGACGAAUCCGACUGUAGUAGCGAGGGCAAUGGAGAAGCCAACACCAAUAAUUCCACUAUUCACACCUUAAACACAAGCGAGACACUUAACACGAGCAGCAUCGACAAGACUGAUCAAAACAUCAAUUCUGAAGGCACAGCCGCUUCUAACCCUCAAACGACCUCCACGACGGCAUCCCUACUUCCAAUGCAGCCACAACAGAAAAACCAGAACGCUGUGGUUCUCUCCCGCGAAGAGGCUCUGGUGCGGCUGAUUGAACGAACGCGCUACCCCAUCAUGCAGGAGAACGGACAGCGCCGCUACGGCCCACCACCUGACUGGACAGGCCCAGCACCCGCUCGUGGCUGCGAGAUCUUCAUCGGCAAGAUUCCACGUGAUUGCUUUGAAGAUGAGCUGGUCCCCGUUUUCGAAAGCGUUGGUAAGGUCUACAUGUUCCGCCUCAUGAUGGAUUUCAGUGGAUGCAACCGUGGCUAUGGUUUCUGUAUCUACACCAAUCGUGAGGACACGAGGAAAGCUGUCCAAAAACUUGACGCCUACGAGAUACGCAAGUCAAAAGCCCUAGGAGUGUGUUUCUCGGUGGACAAUUGUCGUCUAUUCGUCGGUGGGAUUCCAAAAACUAAGACAAAGGAGGAGAUAUUCUAUGAAAUGGCUAAAGUGACCGAGGGAGUGAGAGACGUCAUCGUCUAUCCAAGUGUAGUGGAUAAAACAAGAAAUCGAGGAUUCGCUUUCGUAGAAUAUGAAAAUCACAAAGCCGCUGCUAUGGCGAGGCGAAAGCUUAUACCCGGCAGAAUAUACCUGUGGGGACACCAAGUGGCUGUGGAUUGGGCAGAACCAGAACGAGAGGUGGACGAGGAUGUGAUGUCAAAGGUUCGAAUUCUUUAUGUCCGAAACCUGAUGCUGCAUACCACAGAAGAGACUUUAAGAGAUCAGUUCAAUCUUGCUGCAGGCUUCAAAAACGCCGUUGAAAGAGUCAAGAAGAUGAAGGAUUAUGCCUUCAUCCAUUUCACUGACCGAACCUUUGCCGCAAAUGCACUGGCUGUCAUGAAUGGCAAGUUGAAAUAUUUGUCAAGUUACUACCUAGACGGAUCAAGAAUUGAAGUCAGCUGGGCAAAACCGGUAGACAAAACUGAUAGUCUUCGGGCAGCGCAGCGCGCAACCCUUCAAUCAGGAACGUCUGGUUUCUCGUUUGACCAGGCUAACUUCAUGAGCCUCCUUAAGUCUACUCCUCCCAGUUUGCCUCAGAGCCAUGAUGCCUUCGGUAUUAACGGCCUGUCCCUUCAAUAUCAGCAGCAGCAUCUGCACCAGCAGCAGUUCCUACUUGGUGCCCUUAUAAGUAGUGCAGAUGGAAGACGAAAUUCCGCCAUUUCCGAGAACAAUUCAGUGACCACAUUUCGUGAUUUGUCUUCACAGACUCCAGGCGAACGAAUCGUGCGUGAAGCACUUGCCAUAUCGCGUAUACUCAAUGAACCGAAAAAUGUCAACUUGGGUCAACAACAGAUGCCUCAAAUUCCUGCCCAUGUGCAACUCAUACGUAGACAGCAAUCAAUUUUAUCUCCACUACUUAACGACUAUAUGCACUAUCAAAAACAAGCCGAUAAAGAUGCUGACAGUAUGCAGAGGAUUUUGUUUGAAAUGAAUUCUCGAAAGCAUUUGGAGCCCCAGAGGCAACUCCUACCCGCCCUAGGGCAAAACUUGAUUGAUCCAACUUACAGUCAGAAUGAUUCAUUUAAUUACACCUACCAAAUCAAUAAUCAUCUUUUGAUGUCCAACCCUCUAAUGUCAAAGCCACCCACACAUCUGCCAAUGAAUAAUGCAUUACAAAAUCAGCAAAGCAUGUGGCCUGAUCCUGUGACGAUUCAAAACAGACCCCGACAAGUGGAAGGGAUUAGCCUGGAUCCCCAUUCAUGCCGCUCACCACCCUUCAAUGCGACGGCGCCCGUUAAUGAUGCCCAAAAUGCAAUGACUAGUCUUGAAAACCAUUUAAGCAAAACCUCGCUCAGUCAAGGUUUCAGAAAUAGAUUCAAUCAGACAUCACUUGGCGAUGGCUUAGGUUUAGACCUAUUCCAGAAAAAGGACAGGAUUAAUUGCAAUUAUGAUCAGAGUGAUUUGGUAAUCACGUCAGCUCAAUGCGCAAAUUUGCAAUCAAACAUUGAUUCAAUCAACCAUUCGAUUUUCAAUACUCAGUUCGCAACGCAGAGAAUGGGCGAACCGCCAACAGUCAAUUCUCUUUUUACUAAUACACAGAUGCAAUUAAGUCUAACUGAGAAACUCCGUCGACGUCAAGCCGCAAUACAACAAUUACCCAAAGGUUUUAGCGAGUUUCCGAUACCCCAAAUUACACAGACCCCUGAAAACUUACUACUUGAUCAAACGAAUCCCCCCUCCUUACUGCCCCUUCUGACAAACCACAUCGACUUUGUGAAUGAUCAAGGGUAUCGGCUGGCCUCUCCCGGAUUACAGGAAACGAUGUCAAGUUCUCCCAUCGAAGUGCCUGAUUUAAAAUUUUCUGUUGAUGAAUUAAUCAUGGACGACGAGCAAAGAUUUCAAUUAACCCCAACAAAUAAGUUAAGUUAA